AAUGGGGACACCUAGUUGUGGGGCACCUAGGUGGUAUUUAGUACAACCCUGUCUUUUUGCAUGACAUUGUGCUCUUUCUUUCCCUUUAUUGUUUUAGGGGUUUCUAGAUGUUCAUUCAUUUUAUUCUGGAUAUUUUUCACUAAUAGGACAACCAAAGACUUUAUAAAGACAAACUAAAAAGUAAAACCAAUAUGAAUUGUCAUAGAGGAUUUCAAAUGAGCCACAAGACAAAACAGCCUUAAUAAAAAAUAGGAAUGGCUUGAUUAGCACAUCUGUACUUCAAUUAGCAAUUAAAACAGUAGGGGAUCUACCAGAACCAUAUAUAUUAUAAAUCGCUCACUCGUUUGCUCACGUAACAGUCAUAUUCGUUUAUUAAUCACGCAAGCAUCAUUUCAAAAAAUCAUCCAAUUGAAACACCGCAUGCAGAGUGCAUUCUCAGGAAUCUCAUCAGUUCUAUUCCAUAAGAAUAUUGUUUUUAAGGAUUUUUAAAACCAACGAAUAUCUAUAGCCUGGAAACAAAAUGACUGAACGAGGUAUUACGGACAUUGCUUUCACAAUUGUUGAAAAUGUUACAGUCGUCAAUUGCAAGCAAAUGCUUGAUGAUAAGAGCGACAAAUAUGGAUGUAGACAUUAUUACAGAACUGCAUCUGCGGCUGUUAUUACAUUUUGUUGCAUAGCUAUGUACAUUCAAAUAAACUGGCUGUUUCUAUCAUACAAAGGAAAAAGAUUGCAUAUACGAGAGAAUACAUUUCAUUUUGUACAAGUUUUCGUUCAUAUUUGCGGCAUACUCAAAGAAUUCAUAAUAAGCAUUCUUGUGGCCUUGGAUUUUAACGAAUGCACCUUGCAGGGAGUUUUUACUUGGAGGAAAUAUUUACCAAUAUGUAGGCUGAGUAUGAAAUGCCUUUGUUUGAUUGGAAUUAUUAGAAUGGUGAAAGUUACUCAACCGUACAGACGGAUUCCUUGGUGGAUAAUUUGUGUCAUGUCAGUCAUAGUGUGUCUAUACUGUGUAAUACUUGUCAUAAUACCAGACAACAAUGGCCUUGUUUGGGUGGACAAUGUAGCUGACAUAUGCUGUUUUGGUCUCACGGUAAUUGUACAUUCUAAGAUGGUAUGGUCUUUAAGGAAGAAGAUUUUUACUGUACAUAUUCAGCCUAAUGUUAAAAGCAGAGCAAAACAGUCAAAUGUGCAGCCACCAUUUGAUGCAUUCCAGGUUUGUAAGCUUGAUAACAUGCACGAUGAUAUACAAACUAACACUGUUGAUGCAUUCCAGAUUCAUAUAGACUUGAAUGAAUUAGAAAAUAAUGAAGCACGUUCCAAAGAACUUUCAAACGAAGAGCCACAAGAUAAAAUAAUCAAUGAUAUUAAGGCGACAUUCAAUAGUUUUGUAAAAGUAAAUGUAGAACAAGGGAUGAAUAAAAUUUGUCCCAAAUAUGAGAAUAAAACGGCCGAGUGUUUCAAAGUCAAAAACUGGAAUAAGAAUAAGAUUUUUCCAUUUUCUCCAUCCAAGCCUUUUAGAGGGCAUCGUCAAAAUCAACAAGAGCAACUUAGUAUCAUCCACCCUUCUCGCCAAAAAGAUCUCAUUUGGGAAUACAAGUUGAUUGCCAGCGAAGUUAUUGUCUUGCUUAUCGCAGCAUUUUUCCACCUGGUAGUACAGAUAACAUUUCGAAUGAAUGACAGCCAACUGUUCCAUUUCUUAUAUUCAAUAUUUGUAUUGUGUCUUUACAGUGCCAUCAAAUGUUUGAAGUUUCUCACCAGUAAAGCUUUACGUCAUGAAUUUAUCAAAUUUUACUCGAAGAAGAGUUUGCAAAAGGAUUCAGUACAUGUA